AUGGAUGAAGAGAUGCAGUCGGGACAACCCGAGUCGCAAGGCUCAGAGCAGCCAGACAAUAGCAGUGGAAAACAGCCCACUGCAACCAAACAGCUGAGACGCGCCUGCGAUUGUUGUCGCAAGCGCAAAGUCAGAUGCGACGGUCAGGACCCAUGCGGGCCAUGCAAGAAGGCCUCGAUCCGCUGUGCAUAUCUCACGCCACCGAAGAAGAAAGGCCCAAAAGGGUUGAGAAGUGCUAGAGUGCUGCAUGCGUUACGCAGGAUAGACGACGAUGCUACUUCGGCUCCGACGAGUCCACACAGCCCCAACAUGCCCUUUGGCAAUUGGGGUUGGAACAGCAAUGGAACAUCCAAUGCUGGACCAGCAUCCUAUGGAGGUCCUCCACCAACGGGUCUUCCAGGUCCGCACGAGCUGCUGUACGGACAACAACCUGGCGUAGCGCCUGACCAGCCAUACUACCAGCAGCCGUCGAACCCGCCCACGUCCCGACCGCCAUAUCCGCCGCCCUACCGACAAGAGACAGCAUAUCAGCAAGGCUGGACGCCGAAGCAGCCGGAAUCGGUGUCUACUGCGAGUGAGAGUAUACAGCGUGUCUUUUCGCCUUCAUCGUCCGAGCACCACACCCAGCGAGCAUUGUCACCAGACAACUUCCUACCAUAUGUGAGGCUCUUCUUCCAAAACAUGUACAGCAUCAUGCCGGUCAUCGACCGAAACGUCUACCUUGACCCGGUAAUCUACACGAACCGACCAAUGAGCUCAGAGCUUUAUGCAUUCAUGUGUGCAUUGUGCGCCGCGACGAUCGUUCAACUCGACGACUCGAUUCCGCAACCACCUCCUUUGCAUCCUGGAAAGCCCUCUGAUUCUCUGUUUGCCGAGGAAUGUUUGAGAGAGAGGAAGACGUUCGACUACGUCGACAAUAUGUCACCAAUGAGCAUAAUGACCUCGUUUUUUCUAUUCGCAUAUUACGGCAAUUACGAGAAGCAUACAAAGGCGUGGCACUAUCUGCAAGAAAGCAUCACAUUCAGUGAGAAUCUGGAGAUGGACGAUGAAGACAGCUACGCGAAACUCGAUCCGACCGAGGCUCAGUGGCGGCGACGGCUAUACUGGCUGCUGUUCAUCACCGAGAGAGCGUAUGCUGUUCAGCGGCGGAAACAUACCAGACUACAUGCGUCCGUGACAUUACCGGCAGUGUUCGAGAGUGAGGAUCCUCGACUGUUGAAUGGAUUUGUCAACCUGGCGAAUCUGUUCAGCGCGGUGGAUGACUCCUUUGUCAGUGCCUGGCGAGGAACGAGGAGAGCCAGCUUAUGUGAUGAGACAUGGCUCGCGCAGACACAGAAGCAGCUGGACGCUACUGCGGACGCCAGCGGACUCGCAGAUUUGACGGAAACGCAACGACUGGACAUUGGAGUCACAAGGGAAUGGCUUCACGUGUUGGCGUGGCAGAUGGGAGUGAGCAAUGGGUUGAUUUGGGGCCAAGGUUUAGGGGGAAUGCGGCUGGACUAUCCCGUGGAGCUUGCGAGAAAAGUGGUCGAGAUCACAGCGAACGCUUCUCCGCUCGCGCUGGACAGUCAUGGCAUCGGAAUGGAACAAAAACUCUCUGACAUCGCCGGCUGCCUCGCCGACGUUCUCAAGUGCACAGCAGGCGACCCCUCGACCACCUUCCUCGAAGGCAAACAACACCUCCAGACCCUCCUCCACCGCCUGUCCAGCAUGCGAGGCAAAGAAUCUCGUUACCUCGCCCCAUUACUCGCAAAACUAGACGGCGUACUCGGCUAUGGCCUGAACAGUGUGCCGCUUCCUCUUCCCCGCUCGGAAGACGAACAACGAUUACAACCCGCGCCGGCGUUCAAGUUCGACUCACCGCAGGAAGCUGGCGAGAUGAUGGCUAGUCCGAGGUGGAGCAUGUCGGAGAGUGUCAGUAUGUUGAGGACUUUGUCGAUGAGUGGCGGGUUGGGUAUGCCGGGCAUUGCAGCGGCGCAAGUCGAUUACUAUCAGAGACGGCCGAGUGGUAGGGUGUUGGUGGAUGAGGAUAUGGAGGCGCUUCAGCCUUGGUUGAGUAGUGCUGGGUAG